AUGCCAGCCACUGUAAAGGGGUGGCGGCCUGUCGAGGUUCAAACCGACGAAACCCUGCCUGAGAAUUUCGUGGGCCUUCUCGAUUGGGUGCUAGACGAAUCUGUCGUGGCAGAUGAUGAAGAUUUGAGCCACCAUGUUAGCCGGUGUCCCAGCCAAGCUGCCGAGAAUCACGGCUUGACGUCCAGAAAGGUCAGCGGCCAAGAUCAGCAGGAGAGCCAAGCCAAGGCCAAAAACAUUCCGCCUGCGGAAAGCCCGCUCUCUAAUGCUAUGGCUAUUGAGGGCAGAAUGAAAGACGAGAGCACCAACAAGGACGAGGGCCAGGCCACGAGCCCAGCUGACCCCGACCACAUCUCAGUCUCAUCGGUCAACACGGCACCGAGAAUACUUCUGAAGGUAGCGGAGAAGGGGAAAAUUUCUUCGGAAGAAUUCCGUGAGCAAGAUCUGGCAAGCCCUGACAAAGAUCUGGCUUCUUCGUGGAGCGUCAGCGCGAUAGGAGAAGACCCGACUACACCGCCGAAGGGGGCUCCUCUAACGGAGAGACCUUGCCAAGGAGGAGGCUCCCCCACGAUCGAGGUGUUGCACUCGUUGAGUAAGCCACGUUCAUUGUCCGUUGCUGCAUGGGUUCUAGACACCACGGACGCACCAGUGCCCAAUCUCGUUCUCCCCAAAGCGACCAACGCUUCCACCCACUGUUGCGCGAUUGAUCCCGAGAGUGGAACAUUUCUCCCUGCAAUAGAUUACCCAGAGACCCGAAAGAAUCACCAACUGGAAUCGCAAUCGGAGCCAGGAUGGUGUCGGGGUAACAUGACUUCGGGUAUGCAGAUCAAUCGGGAGAUGAAAGUCAGAGCGAAGCUUGCCGAGCGCGCCAAGGAAAGACUGCAUAUAUCUGCCCAGAUCAAUGAACAAGGAACUGUGAUGGAGGAACAGGAAACCUCUUUCCCCAAAGCAUACUGUGCAAUUCGACCAGCAACAGACAAUGACGUUGGCGGGAUAUUGGACAUCCUCAAGCUGGAGCGACAAUGUAAUGCGGAGGAUAACAACAAACCCUCAACUGGCAUAACAAAGUUGGAGGUUUUGAGAUAUUUCAACCUAUGCAAAAAAGAGCGCCGGCCGUUCAUUAUCGCAACCGGUCCCGAAGACGACCUUUUGGAUCAGUCAAAAUGGCCUCCCGGUGCUGACAGGGCGUACCAGGAAUAUGUCGAAUAUCGGAGCAAAUCCUCAAAGCCGAAGGCUACAAUUGUUGGUUUCGCCUUUGCCAUGCCACGACAGUCACCAAGUCUCGAGGUGCAGGGCAUUCGUGUCGACCAUUCCUGUUAUGUUACCCUGAUGGUCCAUCCCGACCACAGGAACAAGAAGUAUGGAUCCGCACUCUUGGACAGAAUUUUAACAUCUGUAUCUCCCAUCCAUCGUAGCCUGAUCGACUUUGAAUGGAAGUGUGAUGACCCGACUGACAUCUAUGAGCAAAUUGCUUCCAACAAUACGCAGCAGUACGCUCGAGUUAUCGUCGAGUUCCUUGACGCCCAUGACGAAAGCCAGAGGAAGUUGUCAGGAAAGAAGUUAUUGGAGAAGUUUGGAUUUUCUCGGGCGGGGCACUUGACCUGUCUGAAGAGUGAGACUCGUGACGGCAAGAGGCACUGGUUGGACCUCUUCAUUUGGGAGCUUGAGGCUCAAUCCCUCGACAAUGUUCGGUAG